AGCAGGACGAAUGUGAGUGGGCGUGACCAGAGCGUACACCUGAUGGUCAGGCUCCUCCCACCGGCUCUGUCUCCACAGACUGGAGCUGGCACCUUAUUGAAGAAGUACAGCUUUUUGUUUUGUUUCUGGUCCACGUGAGAAAAACACGCAGAAACAAAGCCCACACAACUAUUUUAGUAUCAGAGCUGGGAUUAGGACGACAAGUGACUGAUGAAACUAACUGAAAGACUGGACGCUGUUUUACAGGUAAAAAAAACCCUCUCAUCUCUUCAGGUAACAUGAUGGAAGUAGCAGAACCCUGGACAGAAGUUUUUGGGAGCUCGGAGAGGAUGGAGAAUUCUGAAGGUGCUGACUUAUUGCUGAGCAGCUCCACGCUGACUCUGUCGCCUCUAGUAGCCGAUUCUCCUUCUGUUCACCGCUCCCAGCCCAUCCUCAUCACCUCAAACAGGGUGAGAUCCAAGGAACCUUUCUCCUCCUCCGUCCCGUCCAUCCCGAACCCUUUCCCUGAGCUCUGCAGUCCCUCCAAGUCUCCUGUCCUCACUGGUUCACUUCCACCAUCUUCCAGUGACAAACAUCUGAUCAAGGUGUAUGGAGAAGACAGUCACAGCAGGUCUGUCUGGGUCUCUCCUGGAGCUAACGCCAGAGAAGUUUGUCACAUGUUGGUCCAGACGGCCCACUGCAGCGACCAAGAGAACUGGGCUCUACUGGAACUCCAUCCUGCCCUUGGUCUGGAGCGGUGUCUCGAGGACCAUGAGGAUGUGCUGAAGGUUCAGUCCACCUGGUCUCUGAAAAGCGACACAAGGCUUGUUUUCUGUAAGAACUACGCCAAGUACGAGUUCUUCAGGAAACCAGUGCUCUUCUUCCCAGAGAACAUGAUCUCUGACAGUGCAGAUGUCAGCAAGGGCAUGACGUCGGCAGAACUCAUCCAGAACCUUCUCAGGUCUGGGACCUGUCCAGAGAUCCAGGGCUUCCUCCAUGUCAAAGAACCCAGUCGAAAAGCCUGGAAAAAGAUUUAUUUCUUCCUCCGUCGGUCUGGGCUCUAUUGCUCCACCAAGGGCUCCUCCAAGGAGCCUCGGCAUCUGCAAUAUGUAGCUGAUCUGGAAGAUCUGAACGUAUACAAGGUGGUAAAUGGACGUAAACUGUACGGGGCGCCUUCUGACUUCACCUUCUCAAUCAAGCUGUCCAAAAACCCCGUCCGUGCUCAGGACCUGAAGAUCCUCUGCACCGAGAACGAGCAGACACGAACUUGCUGGACGUCUGCCUUUCGACUCUUCAAGCAUGGGAAGCAGCUUCACUGUAACUACCAGUUGUCCAAGUUAGUACCAAAGAAGCUGGAAGGAACCAACCUGACAGAACAUAAAUGUAAGUCUGAGGCCAGCCUUGUGGCCAUGGACUUCUCAGGGAAGACCGGAGGACGGGUCAUCCAGAAUUCAACAGAAGCCCAGAUCGCAGAGAAGGAGGAGGGACAAGCCUGGAGGUGGAGAGAGUCCCUGAGGUGCAGCCUCCCCAACCUGAGUUCAGGUUCACGACCGACAACCAUUCACAGGAGUCAGCCAUGGUUCCAUGGUGGUGUCUCCAGAAAAGAAGCUCAAAGACUGAUCGAGAAGCAAGGCCUUGUGGACGGGAUGUUCCUCAUCCGUGAGAGCCAGCAGCACGCGCAGUGUUUCGUUCUGUCACUGUGUUACCGGCUGAAGACCAAGCACUACCUGGUGAUCCCUUGUGAAGACGCAGGCAGGAAGUACUUUACCAUGGACGACGGUCUGGUCACGCACUUCAUAGACCUGCUGCAGCUGGUUGAGUUCCACCAGAUCAACAAGGGCAUCCUGCCCGUCUGCCUUAAACACCCCUGCAUCUGUGUGGCACUGUAAACUGCCCCUCCUCUCUCCUCCCUUCCUCCCCUUAGUUCUUUCACACACGGACAGACUCUGUCACAGCUCUCUCUACUGAUCCAGGAUCAGCCCUCCGGCCCUUUAUUUCCAGUCUGAGGUGUGAUCCUCAGCCACACUGACGUCUAAGCAGCGUAGAUAAACCCACUGGACCUUCUGAUCAUCUUAGCUCCGGAGCAGAGCAGAGGUAUGCUGUUGUCUGUGUGAUAGUGUCAUCAGGUCUGCUCUCAGACAUAGUCUCGGGGAAUAGAGUGGGGGGAGGCUCCUCUUCCUUCAUUAUUUUUUAAAUUAUCCUCCUCCACCAGUGCAGCUCCAGACCUCUUUUUAUCUUUAAUUAACGAGCUAUGCUCCCUUAUGGAGGAGGCUUCAUUAGUGAUGCUGGACAGAUUUUUUUUCUUUUACUGCUGUGGAGACAGAGCACUUUUUAAAACUCUGCACUUUUCAGUUACAUCCUCACAGUCUGUUGGCCAGACGAGUCUGUGAUUCAGGGGCAGCAGGGGGUAAAUCUUCGGCUGCUGCACAGGUUACUUCGCUUAAACGGCCAUCAGAGGGCGCUCUGCGUCAAAGCUCUAAAGAUUAACUCAUGGGGUUGGAAGGGCUGGAAGGAAUGAAGUAGAGGGCCACAUAGAUUUACAUCACAAAUGUUUUUUUUUUUUCUUACUUGGAAAUAUGAGCUUAAAGUAAGAAAGUUUCAGCUUAAAAAAGUGAAAAAAGAAUGGCGUGUAAAGUCAGAAUUUUUGGGUUGAGAGAAAUUAAGAAAUUAAAAAUUAAUUUUGGAAUAAUGUUUUAUAUCAAGCAAGAUUUCUUGUAAAAUGUAUUCACAAGGCGAGAAAAAAGACUUGAAUUUUACUUAGCAAAUGAUCCCUAAUCUAAACCUAUGAUAAUUCAUUUCAAUAUAGCUUAAGCUAAAAUGAUGAGAAAAAACAUAAUACAUUUUAAAUGGUAGUACAAGAAAGAAUUAAAGUCUCAAGAUUGUCAGGAGACAGUGAGAAAAUUCUAAAAUAUAAAUCAAAUUUCUUACUUCUUCUUCUGUAGAGGACUCUUGUCAUUUAAAAACAGUUGUGAGGAUGGAUCAUGCAGUGCACAGUUUGUCCCAGUUUGCGACAUGUAGCAUGUACAUUUUUACUCCUCCCUCAUUGCUUGUCUUGUUGUCCCUUAAUGCAGUCAACCAGUCAACCUCUCGACCUCAAUGAUGCACAAUGUUUCUGCAGAGAUCUGCUAACCCUCUGUUUGCACAAAUGGUGGUGAAGGAAAACUGUUAUGAUGCAACCAAAUAUGUUAUAUUAACAUGUUCUAUGCGGGUUUGUGAACAUUUUCACAUUAAUUUCUGUCCUUGUGUUUAAAUGUGGUUCAACAUGUCUACACGUCACAGAUGAUCAGUCAGUCAGUCUGUCAGUCACAGCUGGAGAAAACCCACCAGGUUUUUUUAAGCUAUGGAAACAGCGGCUAUUGUAACUUGGUUAUUCUAGGUCAAACAUUGACUUUUUUAUGUCUAAAAAAAUGUCAGUACUAAAAGACAGAUUGGUUUAAUUAUUGAUGUGCAAGUAUGUGUUUGGGAUUUCAUUAGCAUCAUCUAAAUCCAAAAGAAAUGUCUUUGAAACGAAUCUACCUGAGACCUAAAUAUAGUUAAAUAUUACUUCAGUCUCAUAAAGAAACUAAUGUGUAUCCAUCUUUGGUUGUUUUUUGUUUUUUAAUCAAACAGGGUUUGUUAGUUUUAUGUCUUCCAAAUGUUUAGAGAUGUUUUAUGUUGAAUAAACAAUUUCAAAUUAAAUUCUUC